ACCAAACCCCUCUCUGUCCGUUUCUUCUCUUUCCCCUAAAGAAAGAAGCUCUCUUGUUACCACCUCACUCUCAAGUAGCAGCACUUCUCUUCUCUCUAUUUCUUUAUUCACUUCUGUCUCUUAUUUCUGGGUGAUCAAGAACAAAUCUUGAUACCAAAGCUUCCAUCUUUUUCCUUUUCUUUUUGGGUUUUCUCCUCGCUAUUUUAGUGCCUAAUUCGAAACCCAAAUCAGGAUAGGCUGCUCUCGUUCUGUUCUGCAGCCGGGAUUGCACAAGAAAAUGGGAGGUGGUGAAGUGGGUCUCACAAGUUCAAAUCUUUGGUUGGCUCAAGACCCCAGCAAGAGAUGGGCUGAAAUAUUUUUUCUUCUCUAUACUCCCUUUUGGCUCACUCUCUGCCUUGGAAUUGUUGUUCCCUACAAACUUUAUGAGAAUUUCACGGAGUUGGAGUACCUGCUUAUAGGACUUGUUUCAGCACUCCCUGCUUUCAUUAUACCUAUGAUCUUUGUUGGAAAGGCGGAUAGCACCUUAUGUUGGAAGGAUCGUUAUUGGGUUAAAGCUAGUCUCUGGAUCAUACUUUUCAGUUACGUUGGGAAUUACUUCUGGACCCACUAUUUUUUCACAGUCUUGGGUGCCUCAUAUACAUUCCCAUCAUGGAAGAUGAAUAAUGUACCACAUGCAACUUUCCUUCUCACACAUGUGUGCUUCUUGUUUUACCAUGUUACAUCAAAUCUGACACUUCGCAGAAUCCAGCAUUCUAUUGCUCACUUGCCAGAGAAAACACAGUUGCUUUUUAGAGCUGCCUGGAUUCUAGCUCUUUCAUAUUUCAUAGCAUAUCUGGAGACUUUAGCUAUUUCAAAUUUUCCUUAUUACGAAUUCGUCGACCGAGCUUCCAUGUACAAAGUUGGCUCCUUGUUUUAUGCAAUUUAUUUCUUUGUUAGCUUCCCUAUGUUCAUGAGCACAUGUUUGCAAAUGCUGGUCAGGAUUGAUGAGAAACCUGGUGAUCGCUGGAAUUUGCCCAGAGUGGCCAUUGAUGCAUUAGGCGCUGCAAUGCUAGUCACCAUUAUACUUGACUUAUGGCGUCUUUUCCUUGGCCCGAUUGUUCCGCUCCCAGAUGCGAAACAAUGCUCUCAACCAGGACUGCCAUGGUUCCCUGAAAGCGCCUAGGCCUUGCAUUUGUGUGGACAUAUAUCAGUAGUCGAGUGUGCGGCCGAGGUAGCUACAGAAGUUCAUUCAUCUUUGUUGUUAGAUUGUUUGGACAGUUUUUCUGUUAAGCUAGUUCUUGUGGCCUUCUGUAACUUUUAUCUGUCCAGGACAUCCCCAUUUAUGGGAAGAUGUUUGCCCUCUUUCCACAUCACGUACUGAUAUUUGAUGGCAAGUUGAAGCUUUCAUGCAUGGCCCUUAUGGUCAUUUCGUCAAUCAAAUGUUAAAAGUUACAAAAUUUGAUGAUGACCCAUUAUCAUUUC